CGCAAGGUUAUUUUUUUUGCUGCCUAAAAACGGAACAUUGAGAACGUACGUCUAAUCUACUUACUUUUCGUGAGGUCCAGUAAAUUAUAUCGCAAAAAGCUAGCAAAAAUGGCCGGCGACAAGGCAGUAUCCACCGUCUCCAAGCCCGUGAUGAGGGGCCUCCUCAACGCCUCCAUCAAGCGCAACCUCAUCAUCUCCCUGACCCUGGCCGCCAUCACCGGAGUCGCCUUCAAACAGCUGGUUGGCACUGAGCGCAAGAGGAAAUACGCUGAGUUCUACAGGAACUAUGAUGCCGAGAAGGAGUUCGAAGAAAUGAAGAAGAAGGGUCUGUUCCAGUCGUGCUGAGCGCACAACACGUAGUGUAGAAUUAAUUUAAUGGCUGUCAAAUGUAAAAUAAAUCAUUAACUGAU